UACGACAAUAAUAACACUUUUUUUCUCUCUAUUUGUAUUGUUGCAGGAUCACCUCCGCUUACCGGAACGGGGACUGUUAGAGUUAUCGUGCAAGAUAUGAACGAUCACAGUCCGGAGUUCGAACGUCAGAGCUACCAUGCUACAGUUUCGGAAAAUCUUCCAUCCGGUACCAAAGUGCUACGUCCCUUGGCUACUGACAAAGAUUCCGGGCUCAACGCCAAAAUCCGAUACACACUUCUCGGAGAACACUCACAACGGUUCGUCGUAGAUCAAGACACGGGCGAGAUCUCCACUGCCAUCAGCCUAGACCGCGAAGAAAUUUCCCAGUACCAUUUCACACUGAUGGCGCAGGACAGCUCAACCACAGAACCACGAGCUACGGUGGUCAACCUCACAAUAUCCGUUGCCGAUAUGAAUGACAACAGUCCUGCAUUCGAGUCCGCAUCAUUCCAUGUCAAUAUUCCCGAUCGUAUCAAGCGUAAUCAGUUUGUUUUUGGAGCCAAGGCAAUAGAUUUGGAUGAGGGAAUCAAUUCCCGUAUUCGGUACUCAAUUAGCGGAGCUGACACGAACAAGUUCCGCAUUAACGAAAACACGGGAGUUAUCGAGGCAUCCGUUGAGUUGUCACUCCCAGGACAGAACGCCGACCGUGCGUUCAGCCUUAUGAUCGAAGCACGCGAUCAAGGAUAUGAUCAAAAAUCAACCAAAGCUGAACUGACGAUUGCCUUGAAAUCCGCUCACCUGUUUCCCGUUUUCUCCUAUUUGUCGGAAACUCAGUUCAUUCUACCGGAGGACAUUGCUGAUGGUAAGGUCGUGACAAAAAUAUCCGCUACGUCGCCCAAGAAGGGUCCUGCAGGCAACAUCAGAUACGCUAUCGCAGGUGGAAAUAUCGGAGAGGCACUUAGAAUCGAUCCUAACACAGGGGAAGUAGCUGUGAACAAAGGUGGAUUAGAUUACGAAACCAAUCAGCAAUACGAAGUAUGGAUUGAGGCUGCCGAUUCCGAUAGACCCAGUCUACGAAGCGUAAUGCAAAUAGUCAUUAACGUAACCGACGCAAACGAUAAUGCUCCAGAAAUGGAGAAGCAGGUUUACACGGCCGAAGUCAUGGAGGAAGAAUCACCGGGGUCAUUCGUUCUAAAAGUUCAAGCCACUGACGCCGAUACGGAGGAGAAUGGUCAACUCACCUACGCGUUGAAAGAUGAUUUUGAAAGUUUCGAAAUCAACAGCGACACAGGCGAAAUAUACACAACAACAAGGCUCGACCGCGAGGAUAUUCCACGUUAUGCCCUCAUAGUGGAAGCAGUUGACCAAGGAGUGCCUCAACUGACGGGAAGCGCCACCGUGCUGGUUAACGUGUUGGACAAGAAUGACAAUCCGCCGAAGUUCACCCGUUUAUUCAGUGUAAACGUGACCGAAAACGCCGAAAUUGGAAUAUUUGUGAUAAAGAUUACCUCUUCAGAUUCAGACAUCGGUAUCAACGCCAACGCAACUUAUAUAUUUACGGAGAACAUUGGAAAUAAGUUUUUGAUUGAUUCCACAACCGGAAAUGUUACAGUAGCCGGACACCUUGAUCGUGAACAGCAAGACGAAUACAUACUGAAAGUUGCUGCGGUUGAUGGUGCUUGGAGAGCUGAAACACCACUCACUAUUACCAUCCAAGAUCAGAACGACAAUGCUCCCGAAUUCGAACACAGUUACUACAGCUUCAACUUCCCCGAACUUCAGAAACCGGUGACGUUUGUUGGGCAGGUCAUAGCAACCGAUCGCGACAAGCAUGGUCCCAAUUCAGUUAUAUCCUACUCCCUCCAGCAACCGUCCGACAUGUUCUCCAUUGAUCCUGCCACCGGAGAGAUCUUCAGUAAACGGACCAUUCACUACAAACACACUCAGAUGGAGUCGUCGCCGGAAAACAUGUUCAGCCUGACAAUCCUCGCAACCGACAACGGUAAACCACCCAUGUAUUCGGAAUGCCUCAUCAACAUUAACGUGGUCGACGCCAACAACAAUCCACCGGUAUUCGUGCAACGCGAGUACCUCUCUCCAGCACCAGAAGGCGCCGUCGUUGGUCAAAAAAUUGUUCAGCUUACAGCUCGUGACGAACUCGAUUUUGGAGUCAAUGCUGAGAUUGAAUACGCUGUCACCGGAGGCAACGGAACAAGUAAUUUUGUCAUCAACAAAAACGAUGGCUGGAUCAUUGUCAGCAGUACGCUAGAAGAAAGCCCCGGAAAGGUCUACACUCUGAAUGUACGCGCCGUAGACAAAGGCGUGCCUCCUCAACAAGACGAAGUAGUGGCAACAAUCAUUAUCACCGGAAUGAACAAAUAUGCACCCGUAUUUCAAAGUCCGUCGUACCAGGUGAUCGUUCCGGAAAGUGAACCCAUCGGAUCAACCAUCUUGACUGUCAAUGCCCCAGACAACGACGAUGGUCCUAAUGGGAUGGUGCGCUAUACCAUUAGUGGAGGUAAUGAACGGAAGGAAUUUGCAGUUGACAGUGUUACGGGUGCCAUCACCAUUCUCCACCAGUUGGACUACGAUCUCAUUCAAAUAUAUCAACUGAAUAUCACAGCGGAAGAUUUGGGUUUCAAGCCGAAGAAAUCAAUGGCCAUGAUAACAGUUACGUUAACCGACAUCAACGACAACGCUCCAACGUUUAACCAAACGGAAUACGAUGCAUUCCUGCCGGAAAAUUCUCCGCCAAGAACAUUCGUCUAUAAGGCGGAAGCCCACGAUCGAGAUUCGCCUAAAAAUGCAAUCAUUCACUAUUCCAUCAUUGGUGGAACGGGGCGUGAUUUGUUCUCGAUCGAAACCGUUACCGGCAUUAUCAGAUCGAAAGCCAUGUUUGAUUAUGAAGAACACAAUCGCUACACGUUGGAGGUCAUGGCCAUGAAUCCGGACUCGCCGAUGAAGAACAAAACAAAAGUGAUAGUGCACAUAACAGGUGUGAAUGAGUUCUAUCCCAAAUUUAUUCAACCCGUGUUUCACUUCGACGUUUCCGAAUCGGCGGAAGUUGGUUCAAACGUUGGCGUAAUACAGGCGACGGACAAAGACGCUGGGGAAGACGGUAAGGUCUACUAUCUGUUGGUAGGCUCAAGCAACGAUAAAGGAUUCAGCAUUCACCCAGAAACCGGAGUAAUGAUCGUCUCCAGAAAUCUUGAUCGGGAAACACAAUCACGAGUUGUGCUGACAGUGCUGGCUAAAAACUUUGGAGGAAUCCGAGGAAACGACACUGAUGAAGCUCAAGUUAUCAUUUCCAUUCAGGAUGGGAAUGAUCCACCGGAAUUUCUACUCGACUUUUACGAGGCUAAUGUUUCGGAAGGUGCUCCAGUUGGAACGAGAAUAAUCACGGUGAAAGCAGUCGAUAAGGAUGUGCGACCACAGAACAAUCAGUUCAGUUACUCGAUCAUCGGCGGAAACAACGAUCACUCUUUCAAAAUCGAUCCUCAAACAGGUCAAAUCGAAACAUCCAGAAUGCUCGAUCGUGAGACUAUACCAAUCCAUAAGUUGAUUCUUGGAGCAAUCGAUACCGGAUCUCCUCCGCAAACUGGAACUACAACAGUGAAAAUUUCUGUCACUGACAUCAACGACAAUGGACCAACAUUCGACAGCAAAGAUACGGUUGGAACAGUGCUGGAAAAUGAACCUCCACACACUGUGAUUAUGACUCUUGCCGCAAGCGAUCCUGAUCUUCCACCAAACGGAGCUCCAUUCACUUACUACUUAGUCGGAGGACGCCAUAAGUCCUUAGUCACCCUUGAGAAGCAUUCCGGAGUAUUGAAGACUUCCAGAAGCAUCGAUCGCGAAACAACCCCACAGCUUGAGUUAGUCGUUGAAGUGGAAGAUAACGGUAGCCCAAAACUAAGAACCAAGCACACUAUCACCGUGGACGUGUUGGAUCAAAACGAUAGUCCAUCGACCCCAAGAAUUAUUCACGUUUUGGUUUACGUUUUCAACAAUGAAAUCCACGGUGACAUCGCAAACGUACAUCCCAAUGAUCCGGACACUACCGGAGAUUAUCGUUGUAAGAUUUUGAGUGAUCUCAACAAGAAUCCGGUGACGGCAUUUACCAUCAGCUCGGGAUGCAAACUUAGGACAACAUCUUCCUCAAUUCCGAAUAACGGGCAUAGUUUCUUAGUGUCCGGAAACGAUGGUAGACAUGCAGACGUUGUGUCCACGGUUAGCGUGGAAUUUCUCCGCUUUGACAAUGUUACAGUGGAGAAUUCGAUCACAAUUCGAAUUGAAAAUAUGACAAGCGCCAGAUUCCUAGCUAACUAUUACAGAAAUUUCAUAGACAUUCUCAAAUCUUCCAUCGACGACUCAGACGAACUAAUUGUCUACAGUUUCCUCGACGUGGACAAGGCAAUGGAUAUCUCAGUAGCAGUAGCGAUCAACAACAAAGGAUUCCGAUCAAAGAAAUAUAUGAGCGACACGUUCAGUAAAAAGCAAGACGCGAUCAAUCUCCUGCUGCAAGGAUCGAAAAUAACGAUCGAUAUGAUACCAUGUGAUGCGAACACCUGCGACAACGGAGGAAUUUGCUACGAGAAAAUCAACGUCUAUGAAGAUGUUCAAAUCACGGACAGUCAAUCUCUGGUGUUCACAUCCCCUUUGGUGAAACACGACUUCAGAUGCAAAUGCUCAGAUGGUUAUACCGGUCAGAAAUGCGACAAACGCCAGGAUCCUUGUUCACCGAAUCCAUGUCAAGCUGGCGGACAAUGCCGACGACAGGGAUACGACUACCAAUGUGCGUGCCCUCCGAAUCGAGAAGGCAAGUUCUGCCAACUGGAACGUGGAGAUAUAUGUUCGAGUAGCCCGUGUAAGAAUGGCGGAUCUUGUCGGGAAAGUUCAGACGGGUCGUCAUUCUUCUGCCUAUGUCGACCAGGCUAUCGUGGGAACCAGUGCGAAGCUGUCGCCGAUUCUUGUCGACCUAAUCCGUGUUUGAACGGAGGUCUCUGUGUGAGUUUGAAGCCUGGCUACAAGUGCAGCUGUGUUGAUGGACGUUAUGGAAGGCACUGCGAGAAGACCACUUUUGGAUUCAAAGAACUAUCGUAUAUGGCGUUUCCUGCUUUAGAUUCGGCCUCCAAUGACAUUUCUGUAAUCUUCGCCACAACAAAACCGGACGCUCUUUUGAUAUACAACUAUGGCAUUCAGAGCGGAGGACGAUCAGAUUUCGUGGCAAUGGAAGUCGUUGGUGGAAGGGCAGUGUUCUCUUUUGGAGGUGCACGGACUGCGAUCACUUCGCUUGUGGUGGGACAAGGCGUAUCCAGCGGGAAUAGCAUCUCCAACGGAAAGUGGCAUAAAAUCACGGCAACGAGGAAUGGGCGAGUUAUGUCACUGAGUGUGUCCAAAUGCGCAGAGAAUGGAGACUACUGUGAAGAUUGCAGACCAGGCGAUUCCACAUGUUACGCAGAUGACACUGGUCCUACAGGAACGCUAAACUUCAACAAACAUUCGUUGCUUGUCGGAGGACUUGCAUCAGCAGAUCCUGUGCUUGAGCGCCCAGGUCAGGUUCAUUCCGAUGAUUUGGUCGGUUGCGUGCACAGCGUAUCGAUCAACGGCCGAGCGUUGAACUUGAGUGCUCCUUUGAAGGCAUUUGCCGUAGAAUCAACCUGCACGCGAAGCACUAAUGGAGGGCCAUGCAGUCUUGGGCUCCCGGAUGAUCCUGCGCAGCCUAUUUGUGGUCCUUUCGGACAAUGUUUGGAUCGUUGGCACACGGCAAUGUGCCGCUGCGGUGGAUCAGUUCUUUCGCCGGAUUGCUCCAACUCUCUGGAACACUAUUCGAUAGCUGACGGCGGAUUUGUCGAAUUUGAAAUCUCUGAGAAGCACAAGCGAAUGCAACUUCUGGAGAACAUCUACAGUGGGAAGAAUAUCUGGAGUUACGAUGUCGCCCGAAACAAACGGUACUCCAAAAUGGAAAACAUUUCCAGCUUGACAAUAGCUGAGGAUCCUCCAAAGUACAUGAGCAUGCUUUUCAAAACCAACAAACCAAGCGGUUUAUUGAUCUACGCUGCAACCAAUAAGCAUUACACAUCAAUUGAACUGAAAAACGGAAAGAUUUUCUACAACUCGAAUCAAGCUUCUUACGUCAAUAUAACGGCAACGACGCCAGAUAAUUUAGCCGAUGGAAAUUGGCACAACGUCACACUUUAUGCUCACAACCGUAUACUGCAAGUGAUGAUCGAUGGCAAAAAUGCAAUUGAAGAUCUCGAUUCGGCCGGUGUACAUGACUUCCUCGAUCCUUAUUUGACAGUUCUAUCGAUUGGCAACGUGCGAAGGGAGCUCUUCGCCAAUGACGCCAUGCCUACAUUCUUCCAAGGGUGUUUGGCUAACUUCACCAUCAAUGGCGAAAUCCAGCCGUUCAACGGUUCUGGCAGUAUUUUUAAGAAAGCGGUUCACCGAGGAAACGUCAUCCCUGGUUGUUUGCUGGCUGGUUUGGGAGCAGCACAGGUCACCGAUCCGCUGAGUAUCGGAGUCACGCUUGUGAUCAUAUUCUUUAUCGUGCUGCUGGUCGCUAUCCUGCUGUCGUUUUUGGUGUUUCGUUUGCGGAAGCAACACAAGGAAAAAAGUGGAGGUCUUGGAGGACCCUCAGCAAUUCAUUCUAAGCAGAAUGGUGGUUCAACUUUGUUGAGUACUUCUCAGCUGGUAUCAUCGGGAGUACAUAGCGAUAUCGGAAGGGGUUUGCAUGUGAAUGAUCUGUCAGUUGUGGGAUACCAUGCUGAUAACAACGAAAUGCUACGAGGAGUGGGAGGUCACCAUCUUGUUGGACCAGAAUUGAUUUCCAAGAAGUAUAAGGAAAGAGAUAUUACCAGUAACGAACCACAGAGACCACAACGUCCGGAUAUAAUUGAACGAGAAGUAGUUAGUAAAAGUCCUCCAUUGAGAGAGGAUCAUCAUCCGCCUUUACCGCCGCCAAGCCAGUCACAUCAUCCACACGAUCAUACCAAUCCGGUUGAUCUUGGUUCUGAAUAUCCAGAGCACUACGAUUUGGAAAACGCUAGCUCAAUAGCUCCGUCAGAUAUUGAUAUAGUCUAUCAUUACAAAGGAUAUCGCGAAGCUGGUGGAGUUCGGAAGUACAAAGCUACUCCUCCUCCGGUCGCAACCUACACUCAUCACAAACACCAGACCUCAGCUCAACAGCAGCACCGACAUUCACCACACCAUGCUGGGCCAUACGCUCCAAGGGUCCCACCGCAGGCUAGUCAACCACCGCCAUCGAAUACGCCACGACCCCAUCAAACUACACCGUUAGCACGACUUUCGCCAAGCUCUGAACUCAGUUCACAGCAGCCUCGAAUCCUCACAUUGCAUGACAUCUCAGGGAAACCAUUACAAAGUGCUCUCCUAGCCACCACUUCCAGCUCCGGCGGAGUCGGAAAGGAUGCCCUACACAGCAAUAGCGAGCGAAGUCUAAAUAGUCCAGUGAUGAGCCAGCUGUCCGGGCAGAGUUCCAGUGCUAGCCGAAAAAAUCCAGGAGUACCCCAGCAACCUCAAAACGUCAACUCGGUUGUUCCAGGUCCUAUGGGUCUCACGGCAGAAGAGAUAGAACGGCUGAACUCACGUCCACGGACGUCCAGUUUGGUAUCUACCCUCGACGCCGUUUCUAGCAGCAGUGAGGCGCCACGAGUGCCCGCUCCCCAUCUUACUCAUAUGCAUCACUCACCAGCAGUCGAUGCUCACAGUUCGACCUCUACCGAUGAGUCCGGUAAUGAUAGCUUUACCUGCUCGGAGAUCGAGUAUGACAAUAAUAGUAUCAAUGGUGACAAAUACACUAAGAAUCGCGACGACACUAACCGUCGAGGAGUGAGCGACAACAACAACAGCAAUAAGCCACCGCAUUUACCACCGUCAUCAUACGACGGUUUCGACUCCUCCUUCCGAGGUUCAUUGAGUACGCUUGUUGCGUCCGACGAUGACCUCUCCAGCCAUAUGGUUGGCAUGUACCGGCAACCGAACGGUGCGUCCCCAUCCGCCACCGGUUGGGACUAUCUGCUCAACUGGGGACCCAACUUCGAAAGCCUCAUGGGAGUGUUCAAGGAUAUAGCUGAGCUACCAGACACGGUCAACGGGAGGGUACCCAGCUCUUUGCGAAUACCAGCUGGCGUGCAGAAACCGUCGGAGGAAUACGUGUAAAAAUAAAUCAAUUUUACUAUCAGGCAUCCAAGGCAGAAAGGAAUGUUUUAAAUAGCGUGUAAAUACUAUAGACAACUGAAUUUUAAUUAGAUCGAUUUGUGUAUGCCGAAUGGGGACAAAACGGAGAUGUAGAAAGAAGUGCAACAAACACUUUCCACACUUUCAUUGUGUGCAAAUUUUUGCAUUGCCUUGUAUCAAGGUACGACCUCGAGUUUUAUGUAUGCAUAAGUAAUAGGAAGAAAUCGCAGAAGAGAACGACGUGUAAGAUAGUAAGUGUAGUAAUAGCGCCAUCUGCUGAAAACACUUGUACGUAUUAUAGGCAAACUGAAAGGUCCUCCAAAUGUGCAUUUAUUACCAUGACACCAGGCGUUUGCGUUUGAAUCCCUCCCUCGCUGACCCACCAUGUUCAAGCUUCUUUCGAAUCUCGUUCGGAGGGAUUUCCAGAGGGAGCACGGAUUUCUGUAUAACUAGAAAACUGAAUCAGUGCUAUGUUUUAUAAUAGGGUUUGUACACACAAUAAGAGAUUUACAAGGUUUUAAACUGUAAAUAGACACAAUUUUAGCUAAAAAGAAAGAUACAGAGAAUCAACGUAAACUAUCUUGCCAUAUGCUUACUUGAGUUAACGGAAACUCUUUUAACAAUUUCGUCGCUAGGAGUAGGUAAACAUUUUAUUAAAGCAAUAACAUAUUCGUAAAUAAAUGACUUCCAAAUGAGACUGUUUUAACUGCGUAAUGUAGUGCUGUAGGAUGCUAGCCAUGUAAGUUUCAAACAAUAGGAUAUUUGCAUUUUAACAAACAAAUUCAUAAUUCAAAAUUUUAAAUUUGCAUGUACAAACGGCAGUUUUAAAUGUUCUUUUUUGUUCGGAAAAUAUACAACGUGUAAAUAGACUAGUAACCGUAUCAACUCAAAUUGAAUCUAGCAAAAUGAAUUUCUGUAAAUUUCAAACACAACAAGAAAUAAAUGUUAAUUAUGAAAUA